AUGGGUUUCCUCAGUGAACUAAUAUCGGAAUUCAAGGGCGGCAGCUCGGGCGGCCAGCAACAGCAGCAGCAGCAAGGCGGAUACCCCCCACAACAAGGUGGCUAUCCUCAGCAGGGCGGUUAUCCGCCACAGCAGGGUGGCUAUCCCCAACAAGGCGGCUACCCGCCGCAGCAAAACAACUACUCCGGAUACCCCCCACCACAGUCGUCUCCCCAGCCCCCGCCAGUCUCGCCUCCAUGGCACGCCGAGUGGAAUGGCGCUGAGAACCGCUGGAUCUUUGUGAACCAGCAGACGGGCGAGCGCACACCCAACUACCCUGGCCCCGGCUUCGCCCAGCAACAGGGCAGCUACGGUGCCCCGCCACCACAGGGCGGAUAUGGCUAUGGCCAAGGCGGCUACAGCAACCAGGGUGCCUACCAGCAUAGGCUGUCGGCUGUCCAAUAG